GCGCGCCCGGCCUCUUUCUGCCUCUUGCCUCCUCCGUUCACGACCUACUCUAGGACAGCUACACUAAAGCAUUCCGCUCAUCUCUACGCAAACCUGUAGCAACGCGCCCAAAACACGAAUAUUCUGCUCUUGCGACAUCUCUAGGACACUCGACUCUUGGUUAUUCCGGAUACUCGACUUUCCUUUGUGUUAUUCCACUCUUCGUUCAUUUUGACGAGCCGUCGCAAUGCAACAACGGCGACCAGCUGCAGCCAACGGGCUGGGGCUAGUCAUGCCACGUCCUGUUCUGCCACACCGUCGUUCCGCGUCCCUACGCUCGGGCCUCGCUUCUCCACGCACGCCCAUGAACUGCGCCUCCCCGCCUUCGUCUUUCUUCUUCAACGCGUCAACCUCUAGCAGAAGGAGCCGAGAUAGUGGCUCGAGCUGGAAUAGCUCGAACGGUGACGAAGCGGACGCCGUCGAGGCGGAAUGGACCUCCGAUCAUAUUAAACUACUUCAACGUACCAUGGAUGCACUUCCUUCAAACAUACUGACUCCGUUCACCGGACCUGUACCUCCCUCCAAUCUAUUGGAUAAGAUGGCCAAGGGACUCGUUGACACGGCUGACUGGCCGCAUUCCCUCCGCGCGACGCGCGCAAGGAUCGUCGAACUUGCCCGCUCACGUGCCAAGGGGGGCGAUGAUAUAGAAGUGUUCAAGGCCACCACGAACACUCCGCCUAGGCGUUCCCUCCGCCAGCAGACUUCCUUGGAUUCCAUCGAAGGGAACAGACCAGAUCUUCAAAGUGAUACCAUCAUCCGCCUGUCGACCCGUCUCCAGAAGGUUGAACGCGUAUUAUCUUUCCAACCAACCUCACGGCCUUCCACCCCAUCGUCGCGAUCAUCUGUCUCAGAAAAUGUCCCCAGCAUCCUUCCGUCUAGCUCCUGCUUUAUCUCCCGGCCAGAGUUACUUCGGUAUCCCUUUUCCGCUGCUCAGCCAUUGGACAUGAGCGAGAACCCUCCCUCGAAUAACCGAGUAUCACGUCUGCGUAGAUAUGACUCCUUUGUCAGCGCUGCCACUAGUUCCCGGCCUUUCAAACGGGCCCCCAGCUUUAGCAGCUCUUCCGAUAGCAGCCGCAUGAGCAUUGUAGUCGCUGGUAAGGAUAACGCGCCAUCCUCGGACGAAGAAGAGAAAAGCAGGUCCAGGAAAGCCAAGAAACCGAGGACGAAAGCAGAAUCUCCAGUGCGGAUCUCGAUGGCACUGUCCAACUCUUCGUCUCGUUCCUCUGACACCAAGAAGGAUGACUCGGACUACAGUGCCAACUCCCUUUCUUCUUCCUCCACCAAGGUAUCCGCCUCCGGCGCCAAGUCUACUUCCAAUUCGACCAAGAACCCGAGCAGUCCUACUUCGAGACGACUUCCCAUGAACAUACAGCGAAAUCCCAGUAUCCUCGGUGGCCUCCUCCCAGGCGUUAAAGAGCAGGAGUCGUCCUUCGCCACCAAGACCAGUGGAUCGCUUCCUGGUUCUACCGCCCCCCGGCCAACUUCACUGCAUCCUCCUCGCACUCUGCGUCGCGUGAAGCGCACUGAGUUGCGCUCACCGGUUCGAAAGAUAGGUAGGAAGAUCUCCUUCGGGAGUCUUGGCGCCGACCAUGGUGGCGAUGACGACGACCACAACUAUCCGUCCACCGGUAGCAUGGAGAGCUCGGGCUCGGGCUCCGGCCUGGGCGAUGCCUUCCAGCUGAAGUGAUAGGUUGAAGGCGGGGCCUGGAUCAAGGCGGGAUGCUUGGUGCGGAGGAGGAGAUGCUAUGCGAUAUUGUGUAGGUUGAAAGUGCGACCCUUGCUCUUACCAUCAGGCCAAGGCGGGUGAACUGUGAAUAUAUGUACAAUGUGUAACAAAACCCACCACUACCACUGCCGGACGGCCGGACUUCGAGGCGUGAAGCACCCCGCAGAGCCGAAUUGGAUGGCCCCUUCCGCUGCGCCUUGGCCGUAGACUUGUACGAUUCCCUUGGACACACAGACAUCAUACUAUAUAUUAAGCGUAUCCACUCCCCUAAACCCGCGAGCGCCACUCCGUCUGUCCCUCUGCACCCACCGCGUUCCACCCUGCCUUCAGACCAUCCUACCCCCGUCUAGACGGACACCGACGCCAAUUUCAAGUUCUGCUCAAUUUUCUGGAUCUAAUUCAUUUCUCAUCAAUCAUCUGUGAAUCAAUUUGCUCUCGGCUUUUGCUUUCAAGCUCUGUACAUCGUCUUCCCCAAUCCAAAGCGACAACCUCACUCUCCUUUGCUUCCCACCGCUGCGCUCAAGUCUACUAUAUUUUCUAUGCAACUUCAGAAGGUUUCCUCUCUCGUCUGUAAUAUCUUGUUGGCAGGGCCGACGUUGUAUUCUCUGCUUUCUCUCAUUCGUCCCCUGCCCUUCCGCUCCUUGCUUCCCGAAUAUGUAUUUACCCGUUGCCUCCUCUUGCGCAGCUGGAUACCUCCGCUCAUUUCAAUUUCCUUUGUUUCCCCUUUGUUCUGUACGGUCGAUACUACCUCACACACACGCUCCUUACUGUGAUUUUCCAUCUCCCGUUCACAUCGAUGGCCUUGGUUUUUCCUCUGCGAAGCCUGCUCACCUAUUCCUCGUCAAGGUGGCCUCGAUGUUGUGUACCAAGUCCGCGUCACCCUCUUGGAUUCCUUCUGCCCCUACGUGGGUUGUACAUGUUUCACUGUGUACUGUGACACCUCCUCUCUCGUCGAAUUCCUCGGCGGUUGACUCUUGUCUUGCUUUUCUUAGCAGUCAACCUAUCGCCACAUUCAUUCAUCUUCUGGGUGUUUACAUUGUUGUCAAUCA